AACAUGGAUCUCUCUGCUUUGCCAAAUAACAACCAUCCCGACAAAUUCCUGCAGCUUGAUGUGAAGUAUUUAAUGAGGAACUCAGCUCUUCUUCAGGCCAGCCUGGUGAGGUUCCCAGGGGGCAGUUAUCCGGCUGCACAACACUGGCAAAACCUCGUCUAUUCACAGAGAGCUAAGAAGAAUACAGCUGCUCAACGAAGGAGGGGGUCCAUUGCGGAGGGUGCUGUCGCUGUAGAUAUCCCCCCACCAUCCCUGUCAUCAGUUCUGAAGAAUAACCCACUCUAUGGUGACGUAAGUUUGGAGGAAGCUAUGGAAGAAAGAAAAAGGAAUCCUUCAUGGACCAUCGAGGAAUAUGACAAGCGCUCCCUGCACACAAACCUUUCCGGGCAUCUGAAGGAAAAUCCUAAUGACCUACGAUUUUGGUUGGGAGACAUGUACACACCUGGUUUUGAUACCUUAUUGAAAAAGGAAGAGGAACAAGAGAAGACUUCAAAAUAUUGCCGUAUAGGUCUAAUUUUGCUCCUUGUUGCCUGCAUCUUAAUUUCCAUAGUGACUGUUAGUACUUUUUUCACCUAA